AUGCCCUCAGCCGACGACAUCGAGACCGUCCGCGUCGCCAUCUACCAUGGCUUCGUAACGACAGGCUGCGCGCCUACUAUCGUCGAAGUCGCAGCCUCGACCGGCCUUGGAGCCUCGACUGUCCGUGGCGCGUUCGCAGCCCUGCACGCGUCGCGCGACAUUGUUCUCUCCCCUUCAUCUCUCGAAGCAUACACCUCCGACUCGGCAGUCGCCGACACAGGUCCCGGAGCGGUAGUCAUGGCGCACCCCUUCGCCUCUGUCCCCCUCGGCUUCAGCGUGAUGGGCCGCUCCGUCCUCUGGUGGGGCGGAUGCUGCUGGGACUCAUUCGCCCUUCCCCACCUCCUGCCCGAACAGGCGCCUGUACUCGUCGCGACGCGCUGUCCUGGCUGCUUGCGCCCGAUAGCGAUGGAUGUCGACGACAAAAAACCGCCAUCGCCCGGAGAUGCAGCCAUCGCACACUUCCUCGUGCCGAUGGCGCAUGCAUGGGACGACGUGGUGCAUACAUGCGGGCACCAGAACCUGUUCUGUUCAGAGGUCUGUCUCGAUGGCUGGCUUGAGAGGGAGGGAAAGAGCAAGGGGUACGUAAUGAGCACCGAUACGCUGUGGCACUUCGCAAAGGACUGGUACAAGGGUCGUCUGGAACGGGGAUACAAGCGCCGCGAGCCCGCGCAGGCCAAGUCGUACUUCCGGAGCGUGGGGUUGAGGGGCUCAUUCUGGGGCCUCGAGGACGAGUAG